AUGUUUGCUGUUCACGUUCCGGGGGCCUUUUGCCAAGCACAUUUUGACAUGAACAUGCUGCAUGAGGCUGCUCCUUGCAAGUUGACACAUGUUAGUCCAUUGGUUAAUCAUGUCGGUUCAACGAGUCCUAUUAGGCACCUUUGUAAUAAAGGAGUGCAAAGCUUCUCUUUCACAACGAAUCUUAAUAGUCAACUUAAGAUCCAAUAUCUCUCACAUCAACUCACUUCAAAGAUAUCGCUGUGCCAAUCUAAUUAUUCAACGUCACCUGAAAAUGAGUAUCGCUCAUCGCGUAAUAUAGCAAUCAGCUUGUUUAGGCGAUACAGGAAUUUUGUGGAGCGUGGAGGAGGUGACAACCUAAAAGAGUUCAUCAGUGCUGGCGUGAACGCAUAUGCAUUGGGGUGCACUGAUGAAGGCUUAAGGGAAGAACUUACUGAUAUGAAAGAAUCUGGUGUUGAAAUUGAUGCAAUGCAAGCAUAUAGCGGAAAUACUGGUCUAAAGUCCAAGAUCAUCUCCCAAGAAGUUGAUGAAUGUAUACUCUGGUUGAGCAUUGUAUUCAUCACGAUUCUAUGUACACCACAACCAACCAUAGUUCGAUGGUCAUCUGCUGCCCCCGUGUCGGAGGAAAUGAUGCUCCAAUGGAAAGGCUUCUGUGCAAUCAUAGCAAAUGCAUACUUCAUGAGAGGAAUGGCAUGGCUUCCAGUGAAGACUCUUCAACUAGAGCAACUGGCAGUGGUGGGUCGUGCUGAAGAGCCAUCACUUGUUGCAAGCCGAAUGAGACUAGUGUUUAGCACACUUGAGGUUGUGAGUCCACAGUGGCCAAGAAUGCAGUAA